AUGGCGGCUUCUAAUGAACGAACUUUGCAAAAUUUUAUCUUUGGAAAAUAUGUAGACCCUAUUCAAGCUGCCUCAUGCAAGUACGUUCCUGUCACUACUCCACAUACUGGUAAAGUGAUCGCGCAAUGUCCACUCUCAACUGCUAAAGAUAUUGAAAAAGCCGUCGAAUCUGCUAAGGAGGCCUUCAAAACAUGGAGUGCUCGAACAGUCAAAGACCGUGUUCAAUUUUUAAUCCGCUUCCAUAAUUUAUUAUACACUCAUAUUGACGAAUUAGCUGAUUUAAUUGUGUUAGAACAUGGAAAAAACAAAGCCGAAGCAAUGGCAAGCAUCGCUAAAGGAGCUGAAACUGUAGAAUAUGCUAUGUCACUUCCUCAAUUGAUUCAAGGUAAAAUAUUAGAUGUUUCAAGAGGAGUAACUUGCAAUGAUACUCGUCUGCCUUUAGGUGUUGUUGCAUCGAUUGUACCCUUCAACUUUCCGAUCAUGGUUCCUAUGUGGUCUUUGCCAAUUGCUAUCGCUACGGGAAAUACGUUGAUUUUAAAACCUUCUGAAAAAGUUCCAUUAACCAUGAAUCGUGUCGUUGCACUUUUAAAGGAGGCGGGAAUACCAGAUGGUGUUGUUAAUAUUGUUAAUGGAACCGUUGAUGCUGUAAAUGCAAUUUGUGAUCAUCCCGAUAUCAAGGCAGUCACAUUUGUGGGUACUUCACACGUGGCUAAUCUUGUUACGGAGAGAUGUCAAAGGUUAGGAAAAAGGGUUCUCGCAUUAGGCGGGGCCAAGAAUCACCUGAUUGCUUCACCCGACUGUAAUAUUGAAACAACUUCAACCGAUGUGGUAAACUCAUUCUCUGGCUGUGCCGGUCAGCGGUGUAUGGCAGCUUCAGUGCUCAUAAUUAUUGGAUCACAACCUGAACUGCUAGAACGUAUUAUCGCUAAAUCUACAGCAUUACAACCGGGGACCAAAGCGGGAGAAAUUGGUCCAGUUAUAGAUAGAGCUUCGCUUGAUAAAAUUACUAGUUACAUUGAAACAUCUGAACAGGGAGGUGCAAAGAUUCUUGUCGAUGGUCGUUCAUGGACCCAAAGUGGCGUCGAAGGCUUUUGGUUCGGGCCAACUGUAAUAUUGCAUAGUAAUAAAGAAGACAAGGCUUUACAUGAUGAAAUCUUUGGUCCCGUUUUAAGCAUUUAUCAAUGUUCUAAUAAGGAAGAAGCCAUUGAGAUUGAAAAUAAUAAUCCAUAUGGUAAUGCUGCAUGCAUUUACACAACAACAGGUGCCACAGCAGAAUGGUUUAUUUCGCGAUUUGGUGCCGCAAUGUGUGGAGUUAAUAUUGGGGUGCCUGUACCUAGGGAACCAUUUUCUUUUGGGGGAAUAAAUCGAUCCAAAUUUGGAAAUUUUGUAGAUAUUACUGGAGACGGGGGUGUUGAAUUUUUCACUUGGAGACGUAAAGUUACCACUCGAUGGGGUCAAGAAAAUCUUGAUCCAAAAUUAAGAAUGUAA